AGGAUGUGGGCGUUCCCAGACCGUAAACAACUGCGCAUGCUCGGCUCGGCUUCCACCAAAUUGGAAAAAUAUGGCGGCGCUGUUGACAACAGUAACAGAGCAGUGGAUACGAGAGAAGCUACAUCUAAAUCACCAUUGCCUUGCAGAUGUGAGAUCACUGAGCCUCCCAGGAUCAUACAAGGAGAAAAUCAGACAUCUGGGAAUCUCACUAAAGAACUUUGUCCGUUUGAAAACCCUGAACCUCUCCUGUAAUGCACUAAUCUCUGUCGAGGGGGUCCAACACUUGAAGAGGCUGGAGAGGCUGAACUUGUACUACAACAGCAUUCCCUCCCUUCAGGAGGUCAAAGUGCUCUGGCAGCUGACUGCUCUGAGAGAGCUGGACCUGAGGCUCAACCCUCUGGCUAAAACAGAUCCACACUACCGCCUGUACUUUGUGCACGCACUGUCCAACCUUCGCAGGCUUGAUGACUGUCCAGUCAGGGACAGUGAGAGAAGAGCUUCAAUCAUGCAUUUCUCCUCAGACUCUGUGCUCGGACCCCAACAGACGAGCUCCUCGGAGACAGACAUCACUGACCAGAGGGGCAGUAAGCUGAGGAUGGCCUCAGUAAAUCGCCUGGCCAAGAAGCUCUCUGUCCUGGAUGACAACGAUGACAUAGUGUUGAACCUUGUCGCUAAGAGCAACUGGGACCAAAGUGAACCUCUGUUCCUGACUGGCUCCUCCCACAAGGAGCCAGAGUCCCAGCUCUAUCAUCAGAUCAACGAGGAGUCUUGUCAUUCCCAGUCCAAUGGUCAACGUUUAAGAGAAGGAUCUCGAAGGAAAGGUUCUUCCUCCUCGUUGAAAACGUCAGAGGGGCCGAGGGUAACCUUUAACCCCCGCGUAGAGAAACACAGCGGGACUAGCUCUGGACGGGAGGAGCGAGAGAAACUCCCCAAACACCUGAGAGUCACAGCCAAGGGCUACUUCACCCCUCACCCUGAUAAAGUUGACCAGCAGAAGUCUUCCUUAGUGAAGAUCCGCCCCCCUAGUCCAAGAAGUCCCUGUCCCAGUAGGUCUGAUGCCACCAACCCCAUCCUGCACCCUCCCAGACUGUCCUACCAUAACACCCAGCAGACAGCAGGGGGCUCCACCUCACCACAGAAACAAGCCAAGCAACAGAAGGGAAGCUAUAGGAAACCAAUGGAGAUGCUGCUGAGCCUAGUGAACAAGCACUGGACAGGGGAGAGGCCUCUGCACCAUGACAACAACUUCCUCUCUCAGGCAGUCCAGAUCCUGUCCAUGAUGGAACGAGACGUCUCCAGUGGAGAAGCCGAGGUCAGGACGUUGAGAGGGAACGUUGAAGAGCUGAAGGAGCAGGCAGAGAUACGAGACCAAGACCACAGGACAGAGACCCAUAGACUAACUACACAGCUGGAGGAAGCACACAUGUCUGUUGACAGUUUGAAUGAGCAGCUGAGGAUACUAUUGGAGGAUAACGUCUCUCUACAGAAGCAGAUGAUCAGAUUAGAGAAACAAUAUCUCAACUCUAUGAUGAAAAGUUCACCCGACACUGAGAUAUGUGAGAAACAGGCAGAGGUGGAUGAGCUGAGGAAGAAGGUAUCAGAGCUGAGGGAGAAGGUUGAGGAGGGGGAGAGAGUCAAGGAGCUGGCAGGUAUGCUGCAGGAGAACCAUAGGUCACUGGUUGCAACUAAUGAGCAUUUGCUGAGUGAAUUGGAGGAGACUAGGAGUAGACUGUGAGGAGCUACACGUCACAACUACAACAACUAGAGAACUGGAGGAGACUAGGAGACGACUCUGAGGAGCUACACGUCACAACUACAACAACUAGAGAACUGGAGGAGACUAGGAGACAACUCUGAGGAGCUACACAUCACAACUACAACAACUAGAGAACCUGAGGAGACUAGGAGACGACUCUGAGGAGCUACACAUCACAACAACUAGAGAACUGGAGGAGACUAGGAGACAGCUCUGAGGAGCUACACAUCACAACAACUAGAGAACUGGAGGAGACUAGGAGCCGGCUCUGAGGAGCUACACGUCACAACUACAACAACUAGAGAACUGGAGGAGACUAGGAGACGACUCUGAGGAGCUACACGUCACAACUACAACAACUAGAGAACUCGAGGAGACUAGGAGACGACUCUGAGGAGCUACACGUCACAACUACAACAACUAGAGAACUGGAGGAGACUAGGAGACGACUCUGAGGAGCUACACGUCACAACUACAACAACUAGAGAACUGGAGGAGACUAGGAGACGGCUCUGAGGAGCUACACGUCACAACUACAACAACUAGAGAACUGGAGGAGACUAGGAGAUGACUCUGAGGAGCUACACGUCACAACUACAACAACUAGAGAACUGGAGGAGACUAGGAGACGGCUCUGAGGAGCUACACGUCACAACUACAACAACUAGCAGGCCCACAACUACAACACCAGGGCCACAUUCCGUAGGUAAACGUUAUGGAACAUUGCAAAUAGAAAUGUCAUGAAUAGAGCCAAUUCCUUACUCUACAUGAUGUCAGAGAGGAAUGUUUGUUCUACAUUUCUAUCUGAACGUUCCAGAACGUUGUCCUGCUGAACGAGCACCAGCACCAGAUUCUCUUAUUUUAGCUCUAUAUACACUGCUGCCAACAUUUACACUGUUCUUCUGAUGCUCCGGGAUGAAUGUUGAGCAGGUAAACUGGUCUCUAACUCUGAUCUCAUGUUUUACUUCUGUGUAUCGACAUGGUUUUACUGUGUCCACUAUCCACACCUUUACACUGUUCCUUACUGACUGUAUCCACACCUUUACACUGUUCCUUACUGACUGUAUCCACACCUUUACACUGUUCCUUACUGACUGUAUCCACACCUUUACACUGUUCCUGACUGACUGUAUCCACACCUUUACACUGUUCCUUACUGACUGUAUCCACACCUUUACACUGUUCCUUACUGACUGUAUCCACACCUUUACACUGUUCCUUACUGACUGUAUCCACACCUUUACACUGUUCCUUACUGACUGUAUCCACACCUUUACGCUGUUCCUUACUGACUGUAUCCACACCUUUACACUGUUCCUGACUGACUGUAUCCACACCUUUACACUGUUCCUGACUGACUGUAUCCACACCUUUACACUGUUCCUUACUGACUGUAUCCACACCUUUACACUGCACAUUGAGUCUCAAUAUUUAUGACUCUAGACAUGUUUAAAUGAUAAAGUAUUUAUUGUGUUCACGCUGU